AUGGACUAGACUCACAAAUCAAUAAUUACGGAGAUCUUGCCCAAUACUAAGAGAACUCUUGAGAGGAGAUAGAAGUAAUUGGAAGAGGAGCAGAAGAAGAAAAGAGAAUAAGAGACACAACAAAAAGAGUAAGCAGAGAAGCAAAAGAAAUUCUAAUAAUAUUUGAUUGAAUAAGAAAGAAUUAAGAAAUAGGAGGAAGAUCGAAAAAAAGAAGAAGAAAAAAGAAGUUAAGAAGAAAUAUAAUAGAUGAAUACAUUAAAGGGUGAGUAUGGUAAUAUGAUGAUUGAUCUGGCUACUGGAGAUUCUAAAUUAGAUUACACUAUUUCAGGAUUAGAUCUGAGACCAACUUAAAUUAGAGUUUUAGUGAAGGUUACAGAAAAUAAUAAUACAUUAAAAGGAUUAUCAAUGAGUAGGAAACGUAUAGCUGAUGAAGAAGGAUAAGAGAUAGCGGCGAGUUUAGAAAAGAAUAUGGUCUUAGAAAGAUUAGAACUGGAAGGGAACAAUCUUGGGCCAAAGACUUUAGUUGCCAUUUCAAAAUUAUUAGAAUUCAAUAAAUCUAUUCGUGUUAUUGAUUUAGAAAGCAAUAAUUUAACUAAUCACGACAAAGAUAGGAACACUUACGAUUAUAGUGGAAUAUAUGCUAUAUGUGAAGCUCUUGAAAAAAAUGAUACUCUCUUGUAAUUAAAUCUAUGUAACUGCAAACUCGAUGAAAAAUGCGGUGAAGCUCUGGCCAAUGCUUUAAGAGAUAACACAAGUUUGAUUUGUUUAGAUAUCACUGAAAAUCCAAAGAUGAAUCUAAAUGAUGUUAGAAAGUGCUAAGAAUAUUUGAUUAGAAAUAAAAAGAUAUACGAUGAUGAGCGUUACAGAGAAUUCCAAGAAAGGCAAAGAAUUAGAAAUGAAGAUUAAACUUCCACUAUUCAAAUGCAAGAUAAGGAAAAGGCUAUUACAGCUUAAGAGGGUAUUGAAUAAAGAAUGAAUGCCAGAAGACUGGAGUUGGAGUAACACUGGAAAGAGGAGUUGGAGAAGGAGGCAAAAUUGAAAGAAAAAACUGUGCACAAUUUAAUGAAACAAGCUAAACUACUUGGUAAAAAGAAAGGCAAAGGUGGAGGUGCAAAAAAAAAGUGA